AUGAAUACAAACAACUCUGCAUUAAAGAGGAUUAUGCGUGAGACUCAGGAGAUCAAGCAGGAUUCCUCACCAGAUUACACGGCAUUCCCACUUGAGGAUAAUAUGUUUGAAUGGCACUUUACAAUUAGAGGUGCACAGGAUACAGAGUUUGAAGGUGGCAUCUAUCAUGGCAGGAUAUUACUGCCGCCAGACUAUCCCUUCAAGCCACCCAACAUUGUCUUAUUAACUCCCAAUGGAAGAUUUAGCGUUGAUGUAAAGAUAUGUUUGUCAAUCUCAGCUCAUCAUCCAGAGACAUGGAUGCCAUCUUGGAGCAUUCGUACAGUGUUGGUUGCUCUCAUUGGCUUUAUGAUGACAGAGGGCAAGGGUGCCGUGGGCUCACUCGACUAUACAAAGGAGGAGAGAAUAGUGUUGGCAAAGAGGAGCUUGGAUUGGAAGUGCGCAAAGUGUGGCGUUCACAAUAGGACUGCAUUGCCAAAUGUACAGCCUACUUCAAAUCAAUCAAAUACCAAUGCAACAACAUCAACAACUACUACGACAACUACAACUUCAACAACGGCAACAGCGACACCAGCAGCAGCAAGUCAUCUUAUACCAACAGAGGAUAAGAUAACAGACGAGGAUGACCCAAGCAUGGACGGCACUCAACAUGCCCAUGUUCAUUCACCCGACACUCACGUAGAUACAGCGCACCCUUCAUCAUCCUCAUCAUCAUUACAUACACAAGUAGAACCAACAACUACAUCUACAACAACUUCAACAACAUCAAUAGAGUCCAACCCAGAGCAACAGCAGCAACAGGCGACGCUUGUACAUAGAACUAAUGCUGUUGCCCAUGACGAAGAUGUCGUUGUUGCUGAGGCACAAGUCCAGGGAGCACCUGACCAGGCGGCAGCGGUGGCGGCAGCAGUCGUUGUCGAGACAAAGCCAAACGUAGUGAGGCCACCACCCACCAGGAUCACAUCGAUCACCAGACAGUCCACAGCAUUCAUUGACACUGCGAUCGUGGUACUAUUCCUACUCAUCUCGUAUCUCGUCUACAAGAGGGUGGCCACUGUAACAUCCGAAUAA